AUGGGUACUUCAGAGCUUCUCGGAAGUGAAGAUCCCAUCGUUCUCAGAUUCAGAGCAUCUCUUCGUGGACUGGAAAGAUUGCUCGGAAGCUCUGAUCGAAACUAUCUGAUAGUCCAACUAUACGAAGGCCAUGAUUGGAGCGGUUGUUCCUCUUUGGAGAAGCUCUCUUACUCUAUUCUAGAGAUAUUGAGUCCAAUCGUCGGUCGUAUCGAUGGCUCCGGUGGCAGUGGCCCAGAUUGUCAUGGAGAAACACGGACGCAAACGAAUAUUCAGCGUCAAGGUCAUGCAGCACUCCAGCUGGUGCGACUUUUCCGAGACAAAGGGGAAGGCACAUCAUGUCUUGAGCUGCUCAAUCAGGUUUCCAAUUCUUCGAUCUUAGAACAAGAUUUCGAACGACUCUGCCAGAUAGUGCACCGUCCACUGCUCAAUCUUGUCCACCAGGCGACUGGUUGCAAUGGUAACAAGAUCAAUCGAGAGCUGCUCUGGAUAAGGCUUGCUCCAGCAGAUGUAAUGCGUGAUCAUGGUGAAGGAGAUGAAGCUUUGACGCUGCUCUCGGAGCUCGCCGAGCUCGAAAAUGACGACAUGGACGUUUGA